AGGGGAAUUAAGGAUGGGCAAAGGAUGCUGGCCCUACCAGCAAUGCCCACAUCUCAUGAAAGAAUAAAAAACAAUAGUCUGCUCAUUGACAUUGUUCAUAUGUAAAAUGAAUGACCUUUAUCCUUUAAGCUAUAUUUGUACUGUGGAUAUGCAUCUGAAAUAGUAAGCUAGAUGUCACAACUAAUAACCCUGAGAAAGAGUUCAAAUUCUACUAUUCUUGGGAUGUGGACAUCAUUGGCAAGGCCAACAUUUAUUGCCCAUCCCUAACUGCCCUCACAAGGUGACAAGAUGAUGGUUAGCCUUCUUCUUGAACCACUAGCAAUUGGCAAAAGAACCAGAGGUAAGAUGAGAAUUUUUCUUAACAUUAAGCAUGUAUCCAACUCCCUUUUGAAAGUUACUAUUGAGUCUGCUUCCACCUCUCUUUCAGCAGUGUCCUCCAGAUCACAACUUACUAAAAGGAAAACUUUGCAGGGCUAUGGGGAAAGAGCAGGGGGAGCGGAACUAAUUGAUAGCCUUUUCAAAGGGCCAGAACAGACACAAAGGGCUGAAUAGCCUUCUGUGCUGAAUGAGCAAUGACACAAUCCCACAAGCUUAGGCUGAAUCUUCGGCCGGUAUUCAAAUCCGAACACUCAGCUCACAGGACAUCAAAGCAAAGCCCAAACUCCCCAGUUUCAAGCACCCAGGAAGUCAUAGAAUAAUGUUCAGGAGUGAUUGCCUUGACUGAUUUUUCACAUUCCAAACCCAAUGAUAUUGAAGACAACAGUCUUGCUUCAUUGGGGUUCUUGCCAGAGAUGUGGUUCAUCCCAGGAAAGAUAGAAGAAGUCUCUGUAAGUAACUAUAUCCUUUCUUAUUUCAGUUAUUUCUGAAAGAUCCUCUCCCUCCGAAGCUGAGAGAAAGAGACACUGUCCAUCCCUACGAUGAGGUUUUUAAUAGCUUUGAAACUACUACUGGCUCAACUCACAAUCUCAAGACCAUUGGAGGUGUGCUUAGACACCCACGCCACAUGAAGGUUCCCAAUCACUGGAAUGUUCAUUACAUGAAGGAUUUGUCGGAAAAGCUGAGCAGACGAGACUGGAGGACUCCUCUGAACAUGGUUAACCAAACAAGUGAGAUGAAGGACAAAUACACUGGGAGACUUCCACAAUCCAUGGACACUGCGUUUAAGGCUGGGCCACAGCCGUUCAUCCUGGACAACCAUCACACCAAUGGACCGUCUAAAAGUAUUGUUGCCAGUACCGAGAAUCCAGCCCUGGCCGGUCAGGAGUAUUAUGUACGAGACAAAGACGUUCUGCGUCUCAACGACAUUUACUUAUCCACAACCAGCAAGGACUUCAGGGCUUUUAAGAAGGAAGAGUUGGAAGGGUUUCCAAAGAAGGACAUAGCGACCUACUGGGAAAUGGAAGACUACCCAAAGGCCUGGGGCCAUGGGCUGAGGGAAAACCCUCUGCCCAAAGAAGCCCAAAGGAUCAUCCGUGGACCUGGCCCAAUGAUUGACCCCAGCGUGUUCCCAGUGGCGACGAGGAUCCCACCCCUACCCAGACGUUUGCCGCCCGUCCCAAAUCGAGGCCUCAAGACGCAGUAUCAGGAAACGUACCAGCAGCCUAAUGAUAUCAAGCGGAAGCAGGAUCUCUCCUACCAGCUGCGGGCACCCUGGGUAGUGACUCGGGAGGGCUCCGCUCCAGAGAUCAUGUCCGUUCCCCAAAUGUACGAGACGGAAUCUAUGACGUAUGGAGGCGAGCGCCCCGUAGUGGUGUAACCCUCCCAAUAAAAGCCCUCCCUCGGUGGUUAUUUCUGACUUUACGAUAGAGAUUAUAUUGGAAACCCGGAUCUGGAGCACAGAGUCAUCCAGCACAGAAGGAGGCCAUUUGGCCCAUCUUGCCUGUGCUGGCUCUACGAAAGGGCCGUCCAAUUAUUCCCACUCUCUUGCCCUUACCCCUUGGCCUGCAAUUUCUUCUUCCUUUUUAAGUGUUUACCCAACACCCUUCUGAAAGUCACCAUUGAAUCUGCUUCCACUGGCCUUUCAGGCAGCGCUUUCCAGAUCACCAGAAGUUGCUGCAUAAAAUAAUUUCUGUUCAUCUUUCCCCCAGGGACAUUUUUUGCCAAUUAAAUCUGUGUCCUUUGGUUACUGUGCCAGUGGAAACAGUUACUCCUUAUAUACUUUAGUAAAACCCUUCAAAAUGUUAAACGCCUCUAUGAAACCUCCCCCUCUUGACUCAAAAUUCAAAAAGGAAUUCCCCAAUCAAAUCUCUCUCAUGUGCUAGGCUCUCGUUAUUUUUCUCAGAAGGUCUUCAUAUCAAUCAGCGUGUCAGCUUUUCAGUUACACUCCCACUUAUCAGCACAUGAAGAUUAAGAAAGGAAGAACAGGAAUGUUUAUCUCCACAUAAGCAAAUUAAUUUUUUAAACUACACUUCUGUGGGCUUUCAUUUUAAGUGAACAAGCUUUCAGAAAUAAAGGAGAGCCUGCGGACCAUGUAUUGACUGCGUUCCUGAUGGGAAAGCAAAUG